UGUCUACCUUCUGGUAUUUGUUAGUAUGUCAUUUAUUUUUCUGUAAACAUGUAUCUUUAUUGCUUAUUAAUUCCGAUUUUACUUCGAGAGACUACGGGAUUACAAGACGAAACUAAAAAGAUCAUAUCUGCAAUUGGUAAAAUUUCUACAGAUUUUAAUGCAAAUAUAAUUCCUGCUAAAGUUUCUUUGAAGUCACGAAGACCGAGAUCGAUUAAAAGGUAUCCUCAAACAAUUUGCACACCUUGGGAUUCUUGCAAAGAUAGAUGUGGAGAAGGAACCGUAUCGCCUCCUUAUUCCUGUUACUGUGAUUCUUUAUGUUCUUCAUACGGAGAUUGUUGCGUCGAUUACGAAGAAGUGUGCCAUACUUUUAUGGCACCAUCAGAAGAGCAACGUUAUGCAUCUUGUUACACGAACGAGCGUUUACCUCAACAAAUUUACAUAGGUAAUUAUUGUCCCGCAAAUUUCACGAGUACAAUUUUAAAUAAAAAGUGUAGUAACAAACUUGCGCCUGUAACUAGUAGCAACGGUCGGGUUUAUUUAAAUACUUACUGUGCCCAUUGUAAUGGUGAACGAAAGAAUCUUUCUUUAUGGGAAAUUUCUAAAAAUGGUUGGACUUUUGAGCCACCUGAAUUAUUCCCGGAACCACGAAUGUGUUUCAACGCAAUUGAAAAAUGUAGCAAAACAGGUAUGAAGUUUAAUAAUGAAGAUUUGAACGAUUUAUGCCGAAAAUUUACAGGUCCAGUUUCGGGUGGUAAGUCCAAAUUAUUUUAUAAAAAUAUCUUUUGCGCCUAUUGUAACGGUGAAGAUUUAAGACAUUUAUCGUGUCCAAUGUGGUCAUUUAAUAGUUUAAGAUCGCUUAAAUAUUUGGAAAGUCAUCUACAAAAGGUAUUUUCUGAAGAGAAACUUCAAACUCUAUCGAGAGGUAAAAAUAACGAUAACAUACCUGCAGCCUUUUCUAUUUUGUUAAAUUUUGGACUGGAUGGCAAAGAACGAAUGAUGUUCUCGACCGAAGACGAAGAAGAAAUUAUCAAAAAUCAACGUCGUUGCGGAAAAUCAAAAAUUUGGGAUCCAUUCAGCAACAUUUGUCGAACAUUAUAUUGCAGUACAGAAUAUGUAUUGAUAGAUUUCAAAUGCGUUCCAAAAUCAGAAGUAAUUGAUAAUACGGAUCCCAAUGAAAGACCAGACAUGAUAGAUGUAGAUUCAAAUUGUAUUCAUCUAACACUAAGUUUUAACGUAGAAUUUUCUGAUUUAAUUGAACAUAACAUAUCAAAUGAGUGGAUAUUUAAGGAACAAUUACAAGAAUCUCUUGCUGUAUUUUUUCAAAUAACUGCAAAUCGCAUUCAAGAUAUGAAUAUUACUUUAAUACCUUAUAAUACAUCUAAUGAUAAUUAUACCAGAAAUGUUUCGGAGGAUAUUAAAAUAGAAUUUGAAGCUGAAUUUAAAUUAUGCGAAAGUACUAAUAGCUCCAAAAAGGAACCUUCCGUGGAUAAUAUUGUAUCGAUGAUGGCAAGUUCUGUUUCUCUUGAUGCGUUUUACUUAGACAUAGCAAAUGUGAAAAGUAAAGUAUCUCAGAUUCAUCAAAGUAUAGAUACUUUAUCAACUUGGUGCUCCGCUUCAAGAGGAGGACAACACAAAGAAUACUGGAAUCAAGAUUUUACACUAAUUUUAAAUAAUGACAAUAAUAGCUCUAAUAUGAUUAAAGAAUUAUACAUUAACAAAACCGGUAAAACAUAUUCUAAAGGGCAAUUUGUGGCUAAUAUACUAUUUCAAGGAUCUAGACAUAAUGAAAAUUUGAUAAAUGUAAGUGGAUUCGUCAUCGUAUGUGAACAUAGUAAGGUUGUACUUGAUCCAUCUUGUCCUAGAUUAAAAUUAGAAAAAGACGAGUAUAAAAUAUUACAAAAUAGCACCUUAAUAUAUACAGGAAAUUCAGAAUUAGGCCCUUCUAUGGAUUUAUCUGUUUACGAACGUGUCGAGAAUGAUAGUGUUCUUGUUUGUUAUAAUAUAACUAGAUUUAAGAAUUGGAUGAAACAGGAUUAUAUAAUGGAAUUUGAUAAAAUUCAAGCUUAUCUUAGUUUGAUUCUUUCUUGUGUUUCAAUAACGGCAUUAGUUAUUGUGUUAUUUACAUAUAUUAUCUUUUCGAAAUUGCGAAAUCUUCCGGGAUGGAAUACCAUAUUUUUAACAACUUCAAUAUUAUUAAUGCAAAUAACCUUUCUUCUCGGUCAAAGAGGAACCGUCAAAGGAACUCUAUGCCAAAUUGUAGGGAUUUUGACACAUUUUGAAAUUCUAGCAUCAUUAUUUUGGAUGAACAUAAUGGCUUACGAUUUAUAUAAGACUUUUGGAAACAAGAACAUGUUGAAUUUAGAGAGAAAGAUCACAACAUUAUUUUGGUAUAUUUUGUACGCUUAUGGCAUGCCCGCUGUUAUUGUAUUAUUUUCAUACUUGAUGGAUAAUUUUAAUCCAACUUUUGGUGCUUUUUAUGGUUAUAACGAUAUUUGUUGGAUAACAAAUUCCAAAGCUGCAUUAGUAUUUUUUGCAUUUCCAUUGGCCAUCAUUGUAAUUGUUAACAUUUUACUAUUUAGCUUUACAGUUCGUGCCAUUAAAGUCGUUCAAAAAAUGAUUCGAUCGAAAUCCGAUCAAAAGCAGAAGCAAAAUGAUGCUUUUUUAUAUCUCCGAAUGGCAACAGUCAUGGGUUUCACUUGGAUCCUUGCAUUCCUUGCUGCUUGGUAUCCGCGUGAUAAGCUCGUUGGUGAAAUAUUAGCUUAUCUUUUUAUUAUUUUUAAUACUUUACAAGGUCUUUUUAUAUUUUUUGGUUUCGUUUGUAAUAAAAGAAUUUUAAGAUUUUAUAAAGAUAAAAUUACAAGUUUAGAAUUACGAGGUUUUAAAACAUGUUCAUCGUGUGGAAAAUUUCGCUGUGUUUGCCAAACGAAACAAAUUUGUCGAAGUUCGUCCACUGAAACUACUUUCAAUUCAAUUUCUGAAUCUGUUCCUACUUUAAUUAGUUUUAAAUCUGUUUAAAUCUAAACGAAUAUCGCGAUUUGCAGCUCUGGUUUAUCGUAUUGCAAAUCCAUGAACAAAUGAAUUGUUAUCGGUUUAAAUAUUCCUUUGUAUAAAUAUGUUCCAUAUUGGUCUCGUUACUUAUCAAUUGCUUAUAUUUUUCGAAUAAUUCCAAUAAUAGUCAAUCUGAAAUCCUAGGGCUUUCAGUAACUAAGGAUAAUGCAUUCGUGUCCAUGGAUAAUAAUUAGAAAUUAAAUUGCAUUUCAUUUCAAUUGCUUCAAGCAAAAUUUGCAAUUUUUAAUAUAAUUU